UAUUGUGUAAGCUUAUUUCUUCAUGGCUGCGGGUUCGUAACACAGCUACGUCAGUUGUAUGGGGCGGGUCUUGGUACCGUAGCUUUCUGGAUUACUUAAUUGGAACCUUACCUAAGGUAGCUUAAGCUUUGUUACGCCACAAUAAGGCUGAAGAUCAAAGGCCCCCACGUUACUUACAAGCCUCAAACCAUCCGAGACGUCCAGAGCGAAUUGAAGCUACAAUCAAUCUCGAGAUACAUGCAGAUCUGUUGAAAACAACCACCUAAACACCCAUCUAUCUAGUGCACGGCAACCGCCUACCUCUGUCAAGAUGGCUGGCGUAGAGCACUACCGCAUGUCGAUGGACCCGGCUAUCCAGAAGCUGGGGAGCAUGACCACGAACCGCCACACGUUCUUCCGAUGGACUCCGCGAACCGCCCGCAUCACUUUUAUGUACGCCGUCGUCGUGCCGGCCAUCUUCGGCGUUGUCGCAUACGCCACCGACGGAAAGUACGAUUUUCGAGCAAAGAGGAAGGGAGACUUGGUCAGAGAGUUUUAAGAAAAGAACCGGCGUGGGAGAAGCUUGGACAACUGUAUAUGAGGCUAAGCGAAGCUACCGCAAUUGAACGAGGACUUUGACCAAUGAUCACUUCUCAAUGCUUCUACUUUUCAAGAGUAUCAUGUUGAAGUUUAUCUUGAAAGUGAAUAUCAAGAGGGCUCCAGCGCCUAACGUUAUGGCAUAGUCUUCAAGUGAAGCUCUGGGUUGUAAUAGAUAUGAUAAUAGAUAUGAUAUGCGAACGACAACUCUUAAUGCCCGCUACUCGUCCUCUUCUGCAUAUUUCAUUCAGAUGUCUCUCCAAAAUAUAUUAUAAUCAUCAA